CACCCAUCCCUGAUAAAUACCUAAUAACUCUAUAAAUACUGCCACAGCUGCUUCUACGCCUUUGCAUUGGCAGACCCUCCUAUCCAUACCUUGUUAUUCACUAGUAACAUAGGCAUCCUUCACCUACACAUUUUGUUAUUUUCGCAAAAGCGCUAGUAUUUUUCCUCUUUCCUCUCCUCCCCCACAGUCUCGUUAUUAACCACUAGCGGUCAACCUCACCCAAGCCUAAUUUCCUCUCCUCUGACCUAGCCAUGUUGUUCGACAGCCUGCCUCGCGCGCUACUGUAUGCACUGGCAUGGGUGCUGUCCGUCAUCAACCUGGUUAUUUCGUGCGUUGUCGCUGCUACGGGUCACUGGAAGCCGCGUGCGGCGUCCGUGUUCUCGGCCGUGGUUGCGGGUAUCACGGAUGUUCUCGCUGCCAGGUAUGUUCCUGGGCCCCAAGUUGCCGAUCAUCGGCAGCUGGCAAAGUUGCUCCUGACUGGCUUGUGGCUCGGGAUCCUCAACAAGUUCCACUGCCGCACUCGCACCUCGGUCGUCGAGGAGCUCGGCUUCUCGCUCUACGGCCACACCCUGACUCCCUCGGGUGCCCCGCGCGAAGCGCUGAUCAACAACGUUGACAUGUUUGACGGGGAUGCCCGCGAUCUGGUCGGCCGCCGUCUUCGGUCGCGUUGCCGCCUGUUCAAGGGUGUGCUGGGUACUGCCAUUCCGAUCUUUGUGCUGCUGUUGGCCGACCUCAUCUGGGACAUGUUCAGGGUCAACCGCCGUACCCACGUGCUGCCCAGGUCGCAUUCGUCCACUCCGAGUGUCGCCAGCGUGUCCAGCGUCGGCAGCCCCAGAAUCGCCAGUGCCACGCACCCGGGCCAUCACCCGGUCCGCGAUGCCGUCGUUGCCGAGACCAAGGUCUAAGUGAGAGGAAACCACCAUGUCCACAGCAAGAAGAGAUGCAGGGGAGGUAUUGAAAGCUAGUCUCCGUUCCGUGCCCUACGCUCCAUGGAGAUGUCCAGUUUGGCUAGGGGUUGCUCCGCAGUGUCGCAUUUGGCAUUGCAUCUCUAGUAGCCAAGCCAUCUCCAUCCACCUCGGUCGGUCCUAUUGGAACCAUGGGCGCCUGCCACUCCGACCAAAAACACACCUGUUCCAACACUGUUUUCCCAAUGCGAAAUGGACUAUGGCGAUGUCUUCACUUAAUUUCAUAUAUUUCAUGCAGACAUCGCCAUGGCCACUUUGCAUAGUUCUGCCGAUCACUAGUUUUUCAGACACGUUUACCCUUUUACACUCUUUUUACUCUCGCAGCUCCUUGUCAACCAUCCCUUACUAAAACUUUCUUUUGCAGAUGUUUCUUCCUAUAAAGGUGUCCGUAAUAUAUGAGAGCUCGUAAAAAG